CUAUGGAGAUUGCUUUAUGUUGACGUUUCACUUACAUGCGUCAGAGUUUCUACAACUUUGGCAGUGCAGAACAAUUAGACAGUGAAUUGACAAGUUGGCAUUCAGAAGUUAAUUGCCUCGCCGGAGCUGCAGUUGUUCAUCCGUCGUUCCAAAGGUUUCACCUCCUUGAAUUUGAUGAGGCCAGACACUUGGCUCCUCUGUUUUCUUCCCCAAAGGACCGCCUGAUCCUCCCUCCCCACCGCCGUCUCUUUCCAGCCUCCGCCACCGCCUUCUCCACUCCUAUGGCAUUGCCUCGCCACCAUCUCUUCCACCGCGUCUGCUCUGGCCAGACCUUGGCGCCGCCGCCACUUCCGGAUCUUGCUUGCCGCUACCACUGGUGAGCUAAGCUCCCCACCACACCAUCUUCCUCCACCUCCCCACUUAGUCCUUGUAAAAAUAUACACUGUUUUGAGCAGCAUCAGUAUGAACUAGUUAGGUUCUCAAGCGUGCAUCAUGUGGUGCAUGUACAUGAAACACACCUUUCAUCACUAACACAAAUCAUAUUGGAUCUCUUCGCUCUCUGAAAAAUGCCUCUUUACACUCCUUUCAUCACUAACACAAAUCAUUUUGGCGAUGGUCCACCAUGAUCACUGCUCAUCUUGCCGGAUCGGUCGACGGGAGCAUGCAGAGAAUGGACAGAAGUUGGCACACCAGAGAUGAUGACGACGACGACGACGGUGAUGCAGCCUCGGAAAAUCAUGCAAGCCUACUGUAAACUUAGUUACAAGUCUGAAAUUUAAUGGUUGCGGUUCAGUUCGAGCUACCAAUCAAAGAACCUGAGAAAUAAAAGGUUCAAGUGUUGUAACGAACUGCUGCUUCAGAGUUCAGAGUGGACAGCCAGCUGUGACAUGCUAUAACUUAACUGUAGCUUGUCAACCCUGACGAACCUAAAGCAUCGUUUGCUCUUCGGAUAUGGAGUAGAAAUUAGUGUUAAGCAGAACAUGUUGAGCAAAGAGAAAAGUAUACUUUUCAUCCCUCAA